AUUUGUUUAAAAUAAAUGCAACAACGAUUUAGAAUAGAUCCAAAGUGUUUUGGUUAAUUUGUAAGACCUAAAAAUAGUAUGGAAUAAAGAGAGCAUGGUUAAAAAUAAGGAGAACAAUAAAGUUUAUAGAAAUUUGAUAAUAACAAUAUUUAAGGGUAGAUGAAGAAUAGAUCAAUAACUAUAUAUUCAAAUAGUUCUACUUUAGCAGAAACUUUAUCUACAUCAUAAUAGAUUUAAGAGAUGAAUCAAUCAAUUUAAGAAGUAAAAGAAGAAUAAAUGUUUUAUAAAACUAUGCCUACAUUAUUCUAGUAAUUUUAAUAAAAAAACAAAAGAAGAUAUGAACCAUAUUCAUAGAUUACUUAAUUUUAGAUUGAUAUUGAUAAGGUAUAGCAUAAAUAGUAAUAAAGAUUUGCGAUGAUGAUAGAACUACUCUUAUGAUUAGGAAUAUUCCAAAUAAAUAUAGUUAAUCUAUGUUAUUAGAGAAUAUUGAUAUAAAUAAUAAAGAUACUUAUGAUUUUUUUUAUCUUCCAAUAGAUUUUACAGUAAGAAUUAAGAUAAAUAAUAGAAUAAAUGUAAUGUAGGAUAUGCAUUUAUAAAUUUUAUAGAUACAAAAUAUAUUUCUAAGUUUUUUAUAGAAUUUUAAGGUAAAAAAUGGAAAUAAUUUAAUUCUGAGAAGGUAUAAAUAUAGAAUUAAUAAUAAAGAUUUGUGAAAUCACAUAUGCAAGAAUUUAAGGUGUAGAAUAAUUAUAAGGACAUUUCUAAUAUUCUACAAUAAUGUAAGAGAAGGUAAUAUAGAUAUAAUUAUAUGAUAAGGAUAAUAAAUUGAAGCCUAUUUUUAAAAAGAAUCGAUCAGAUUAAUAAUUCAUUAAAUGGAGAUGA